AUGACCGCCGAGAGCCGGCUGCCGCCUGGCCCCCCGCCGCUGCCGCCGCUGCCCCCGCCGCUGAAGGCGGACGCUGCGCCGCCGGGGCAGGAGGCGGCGGCGGAGUUAGGGGCGCGGGGCGGCCGACGGCGGCGCAAGCGCCCUGCGGAGCGGGGCAAACCGCCCUACAGCUACAUCGCCCUCAUCGCUAUGGCCAUCGGGCAAGCGCCCGAGCGGCGACUGACGCUGGGAGGCAUCUACCGCUUCAUCACCGAGCGCUUCCCUUUCUACCGCGACAGCCCCCGCAAGUGGCAGAACAGCAUCCGUCACAACCUCACCCUCAACGACUGCUUCGUCAAGGUGCCACGGGAGCCCGGCCGCCCUGGCAAGGGCAACUACUGGACGCUGGACCCUCACGCCCGCGACAUGUUCGAGAGCGGCUCCUUCCUCCGUCGCAGGAAGCGCUUCAAGCGCAGCGAUCUCUCCACCUACCCGGCCUUCCUCGCCGAGCGCCCCGACGAGCCCUGCCGCCUCUUCCCUCUGCCCGCCCCGCCGCCCACCGCCGACCUGCCGCCGGCACCCGCCGCUGCCUCCUGUUCCUUCGCCGCCGCCGCCUUUGCAUUCCCCGCGCAGAGCUGCGCCUCCGCCCUGCCGCACGGAUACGCACCGCUGCCCCCCGGCCCCGCGCCCUAUGCGCCGGGAGGCCCCGGCCAGGUGUACGCGCCGUCGGGGCGCAUCGUGCUGCCCGCCUCGCCGCCAGCCCCCGCUGGGCUCUACGGCCGCCGCUCUCCCGUGCCGUACCCGCCGCUGCCACACGUCUACGGAACAGGCGGACAGCUGGGCGCCGCCGAUCCCGGGCCGCUGCACGGAGCCUACCCCGGCGGCCACGACAGGUUCGUCCCGCCGCUCUGACGCAGCGCCGGAGAGGCCGGGCGGCCCGACAGCGGGGACCGGAGCCCAGCAGAGAGCCGGUUGCGGGGUUCGCCCGGCGCUGCUGGACCGCGGCCGUCCGGGAAGAUGCUGGAGGACUUUGUUCUGCGGCUCUGCGUCAUGCCACCUGCCCCAGACUCCCGGCGAGGAGCGCUACCGCCAGCUGUGCGGACCUGCGGGACCCUGCUCAGCCCUGUCUGCUCUCUCUAGAGAAGCCCUAGGGGCUCCCAAGUGCCUGGAUGGGGCAAACAGCCCUUUCCUUUUCUACUGCCUUUUCUGGGACAGGUGCCCACUGCUUCCUGACAGGUGCUCAUCCUUCCAGCCCACUCAGCUGGGCUCCCUAGUCUGUCCAAGAAGAUCUCACUUCUAACAAUCUCCUCGCUGUUAAUGAUUUUAUUUACAGAACUAAAUGUCUGCUGUGGUGGGGGACGAGGGAGGCAGAAGGAAGCAUUUUGCAGCCUCGCAUAGCCAGAGUUGUAAAAGCGGGACGUGUGACACUAACGUGGUGGUUUGUCCCUGAUGGUGCGCAGGGCUAUUGUGGUAAUGCCGGGCUUUGCACCAACAACCAACAGGACCAGGGCUGGGAAAGAUUUGGGUGCUGGGAUUGCAGCCAAACACAGGAAGUAAAAUCCUGACGGGAGUCAUGCUCUGUGCUUCAGUGGUGGGACAAUGUGGGAUUGGAAGUAUAAACACUUUUACCAUGAGCACGUUCAGCCGCUGGAAGAGGGACCCAGUGAGGUCCUGGGCUCUCUGUCCUUCAGGGUCUUCCCAACUUGAUUGCACAGAGCCUGAGCGACCUGACCUGUCUUUGGGUGGGAUCCAGCAUUGAACUUGGAACUGCUUUGAGUGGAGACCUGGUCCAGAGAUCUGUGGAGGUCCAUAUAUCCCAAAUUACUUUGAUCUUAAGGUCAGCCUAGCUCUGUCUGUAACCUAGAGAAAUCAGCACCCGGGGGAA